UUUAUUUUAUUUUUGUAUACUACAAAUCGCAUAUUGCAAGAGAGAGAGAGAGAGAGAGAGAGAGUCAAAAUGGCGGAAGGGAAGAGGUCACGCAUGGAAGAUGAAGUUCCCAAAGACUUUAUGGCCGGAGUUCCCGAAGUGACGCCCCUCUACAGGUCCAGCCUUCCGAGAUGCGGGAGUUUAUGGAUAUCGAGAUAGACAACAUUUGGUUCCACGUCAGUACGAAUACCAAGAUCAACCUGCACUACAUUGACCAGAAUACGGCCUGUAGCAGCAUCUUCCUGCCAUCAGGAGAGCUACAAGUACAAUUGCAUGAUUCAAAAUUCUCUGUGAUUUUCAACAAGCGAGGAACACUGCAUGGCGUUGCAGGCUUUGUGACAGAAGCAGCUGCAGUCUUGGCAGCCAUGAAACGGGUGAUGCUCCUAAAGAAACUGGGAUAUCAUGUCAGGGCCCACAACUUCAGGAUCACAAAUGUCACCGCUAGAGGACAAGUGCCUUUCAGAAUAGACAUUAAGUCACUGCAGCAAGACAACAAGAAGCAUCUACAAUACUUCUUUGGAGAAAAUGGAGAAGAGCAGCUAAAACUGACAACCUUCAUCCCUUCAGUUCACACCACAGUCAUUAUUACUCACCAUGGAAAAUUGUCCUUCUUUAGUCCCAAUGUGGAGAAAUUGCUGCAGGCUUCUAAGUUUAUCUACCCACGCCUGCAUCCCUACGCUGUCCUGCUCCCCAAGCCCAGCCAGCUGUAAUUUGAGACAUACAAGGUUUGUAAAGGAUGAAAAAGCUACAGCAGUAAUUUAGUACUGAAGGACAAAGACCCCAAUAUGACAGGUGGUGAUGCCCGAGCAAUGCCAUUGGUUGCUUUCAAGGAGGAAAAGUUUAUGGUGGCAAUAGCUGACACAUUAUGUGCCUUAAAAAAUAACCAUUGUAAAGGAAAUUUAUCAUUAUAGUUUUCUGUUAAUAUUGAAAUUCUUUUUUCAUUAUUGUACAAGUACAUAUGGAGGGAAAUUCAGCCUCCAUUGAAAUCAAUGUUUGUCAUGAAAGAUUAUUAAAAAGGAUGGAGUGAGAGGACUUUAUUCCCACAAGACAAGGCAUGGCAUGUUGAUUUGGUUGCCCCUUAUUAGGGAGAUCUCAGCUUUGCAUGUAUAGAUACACUAAAGUAUAUGCAACUACAAUUAAGUCUGCCAAUGUCACUUGUUUCCCAUCUUUAUAAAACAACCAAUAUCAGUAAAUCAACAAUUCCAAAGAA